CGUUGCUGCCAAACAUUCUGCUCACCGGUACUCCAGGGGUUGGGAAAACCACACUAGGCAAAGAACUUGCCUCAAGAUCAGGACUGAAAUACGUUAAUGUGGGUGAUUUAGCUCGAGAAGUUUGAUCACUGGAUAUCAUGGAGUCUGGCAAAAUGCCUUCUCCCAAGAGCAUGCCGAAAGAUGCACAGAUGAUGGCACAAAUCCUGAAGGAUAUGGCGAUUACAGAAUAUGAGCCAAGAGUUAUAAAUCAGAUGUUGGAGUUUGCAUUUCGAUAUGUGACCACAAUUCUAGAUGAUGCAAAAAUUUAUUCGAGCCAUGCUAAGAAAGCUACUGUUGAUGCAGAUGAUGUGCGAUUGGCAAUCCAGUGUCGUGCUGACCAGUCUUUUACUUCUCCUCCCCCAAGAGAUUUUUUAUUAGAUAUUGCAAGGCAAAGAAAUCAAACCCCUUUGCCAUUGAUCAAACCAUAUUCAGGUCCUAGAUUGCCACCUGAUAGGUACUGCUUAACAGCUCCGAACUAUAGGCUUAAGUCUUUACAAAAAAAGGCGCCUACUUCUGCAGGAAGAAUAACGGUUCCGCGGUUAAGUGUUGGGUCAGUUACUAGCAGACCAAGUACUCCCACACUAGGCACACCAACUCCACAAAACAUGUCUGUUUCAACUAAAGUAGCUACUCCAAUGUCCCUCACAGGACAAAGGUUUACAGUACAGAUGCCUGCUUCACAGUCACCUGCUGUAAAAACAUCCAUUCCUGCAACAUCAGCAGUUCAGAAUGUUCUGAUUAAUCCAUCAUUAAUUGGGUCCAAAAACAUUCUUAUUACCACCAAUAUGGUAUCAUCACAGAAUACUGCCAAUGAAUCCAAUGCAUUGAAAAGAAAACCUGAAGAUGAUGAUGACGAUGAUAAUUUGUAAUCUAACCUUGAUGCAUGUAAUGUGUACUUGGUCUUGAAUCCAUUGUACUGAAAUUAAACAAGUAUGUUUGAUGUUUUCAAGUUGUGUUUGAGAA